AUGGAAGCAGCGGAGAAAACUCUCACUUACCGAGAUGACACCGGACUUCUCAGGAAGCUGCUCACGCACGACAAAAACAAGCACAGGGCGAAGAGUAAGGAGGACCACGCCACGGAGACGAACAGCAACGAGUCAAACUAUGUGGAUCUGGACAUGAAACCCGACGGCCCGAAAACGGUGAAAGUGACUUUCACCGGCGAGGGAAACCAGUUGUCUGUGAUCAAAAGCGACAGCUCGAAGCCGGAGGAACGGAAAAUAAGUUCGGAUGAGACCAUCGAGCAGGCGGAGGACACGCGGGAGACCGUCACCGGGCCGGAUGAGUCCACAUUUGAAACUCUGACCAAACUUGAUCAGCUCGCGGAGAAUGAGGAGCAGCGUCCGGCAGGGCUGGACACCAGCGGCUGCAGCGAUGAGCUCCAGUACACGGACAUGUAUCUGAACAGCAAGACCGAGUCGGACGACGGCGCCAGCGCCGUGCUGUCUGACCACUGCGGCUCGGACACCGUGGAGGACGAGUCCCACUAUAUCACCACGCACGAAAUCCAGCUGACCGAGCUCGACCACGACGUCGACUACGACCUGGGCCGAGGGACCUGUUGGGACUUCGAGGACAACAACCUGGUCUAUUCGUUUGUGGAUUACGCUUCUUUUGAGAGCGACGACACCCAGGAGGGGACCUUGAUCCUGGAGGGCAUGGGCCUGGCAAAAGUGCAGUCUAAUCUUGGGGGAGCAGUUGUCAGCACUGAGCAGGAGGAGAGUGAUCUUUGUGACUCGGACAAAUGCGCCAGCUCAGAUGAGAGUGUCUGCAAAAACCAGAGCGGAGACCACAACGCGGGGAAAAUCCACCUGUCCAUCAAAACUUCCUCCAGAGCGGUGACCGAUCCGGUCGGUGUGUUCGACGGCAGCACCCAUGGGUACACAAAACACUUCGCAGACCGGAGUCAUUUCUCUUUUGUGAGCUCCGGCGCCAGAGCGGGGCCCCUGUGCGAUAGAGGCCAAUAUUUCAUCCCUGCUCCGGGACGUCAGCACCUCGCAACCAAACUGAGACGGAAAGAUAUUAAUGAGUAUUCCAGCGGAGCGUCCAGCUCCAUCAGCGAACUGGACGACGCUGAUAAAGAGGUGCGUAACCUAACCGCCAAGUCUUUCCGGAGCUUGGCAUGUCCCUACUUCGAUGCUAUCAAUCUCAGCACCUCCAGUGAAUCGUCUGUGUCGGAAUAUGGGCUCAACAAAUGGUCGACGUAUGUAGAUUGGAAGUAUGGAAAUAUAUCGAGGGGGGGAGAGCGCAGCGUAAUUGCGCACAACACCUCCAGCGCAACACUGGAGAUGAAUAAAAAUGUGGAUGGUAGGAGGCAUGGUAGAUCUAUUACCGGUGUGAAAGCCUCACCUACCAAAAUGUACGCCCUUAACAAGAGGACUUCACAACAAGCGGCAUCCUGUAGAAAGAUCCAACUGAAUGACUCCGCCCAGCCUGCGCAGCGUGGGGUGACGUUAAACUUUCACUGUAACGUUCAGUCCCACGAUGGACGCAGGGGUCCCAAAUGUUCCAAGAAAGCACGACCCAGUGAAGUCACCGGGACUGUGUUGACCAGGUCGGGGUGUGAGAUGCAGUGUCAUCACACAGACAGCACGGAGGACACGCACAAGAGGGCCAUUUUUGCUUCGAGUCUUUUAAAAAAUGUGAUUUCCAAAAAGAUGCAGUUCGAGCAGGAGCGCAAAAUGGAGAGGGGGGAGAUCCGUGACACACAUCCCGCCUUAUCACCCUGUUUUCACACAAAAGAGCAAGACGGAAUGAGGGAUAAGUGUCAGGGUAAGGGAUUACAAAGGCAAAGCUCGGAAUCGGGCUCAGCAUUUACCAUUAACUCGACCGAGGAUGAGCACACGGGGGGCGGCAGAGACAGCUGCUGUGGCCCCGCUGAUGAGACAACAGACAGCAAAGCCCCUGAUAAUGCAGAAAAUAGGCAAGAAGAACCCCCAAAAGCUCCACUCAUCCACAGUCAAAGUAGUGCGUUCAAUUCAUUAAAAGAAGAGGAGCCAAACCCUCCGAAAGAGGCCGAACCUUCAUCUGCAAGUGAUUCACAAACCACUGCAAAGGAAGGGGUAGACACAAGCAGCAUGCUGACAAACGUGCUCUUUGUUCCAAGUUGCCAGCUCCUCUCAAAGGACCAGGACCUUAAAGAGGAUCUAACACAGAGCACGACUGAGGCCGGUGCAUCUGCUGGGUCAGGCAACAGUGAAAAAGAGCCGGAAAAGUGCAUCAAUGGAAAUAGUGAUGGCCAAGAGGGACACGACUCAGGGGGGAAAGCACCGGAGAUAAAAAUAUGCCUGAGAAGCGUGAAAGAAAAUAAAGGCUGCACGCUGAACAUCGCAAAUCUAUUAACCCCUAAAAUAAGUUCCAACGUUAGGAUGUUCAGGGCAGCGGAUGAUAACAAAUGCCAUGUUUUGUCUUCAGCAGAUAAGAUUCCAAACUUCACAGUCAGAGAUAUAAGGGACACCAAAGGCAAAUUUCAAACACCAAUAUAUCAUGUUAGGGAUGUACGGAAAUUAGUAAAAAGCUCAUAUCGCUUUGUCUCUUUGGAUAAUAGUGACAGUAAAUCUUCCCAAGUAGCUGAUAAGCUUGAGGAGAAGGCGAAAGGGGAUUCAGUUAAACAUUUACUACCAUCUCCAAUUGUGAUUAAAUGCAACUCUGUGAAAACAAACUCGAAAUCUCAUACAACAGAGGGGUCACAUCCACAAGUGGAGGCAGACGCUCCACCAGAGACGUCUCAAAGUGACAGCACCAUCAGCCGAGCGGCCACUGCUCCAAACAAGCAGGGAAACCUCGACCAGUCCGACGCGCAACCACAUCUGGAGGCCAAACUGGCGAAGCAGAGGCCGGACAAGUUCGCGGGCGACGCAGCUGAGAGGAGAAGCGAGGCCGCGGCGCCAAAACAGGAUGCUUUGGAGAAACUCAGAGCCGCAGUCAAAACAAUGGAGCAGUUGUAUGUUUUUGAUAAAAAGGAAUGGAAGCGGAAAACCCAAGCCCCACAGCCGGUCACGGACAGCCACGUGUUGUCACUCAUUGCCAGCGAGGAGCAGGGGGCGGACGAGGGGGAGACGAACGCCGUCCGGAUGCCCCACCCUUUAACGGAAACGCUGAAGCCACAGGGCCUUAAAAAGGCUUCAAAUAUCAUACAUGUCCCGUAUAACAAUGACACGUUCAAGACGCAGUCCCAAGAGAGCAGAACAUUCACUAACAAAAGCGUCCUUCAUUUUGGCCAGCGGACCCGCGUCAGUGUCAGCACAGAUGGUCACCAUCCUUCACAAAGCUCCUCCCAGAGCACGUCAUCCACUCUGAAGAGCUUCAAGUCUCCGGCGGCUCCGCUGUCGGUGAAAAUAGAGCCGCCGAAACCCGACCAGGUGGAGCAGGGAAAGGCCAAAGUCAGCCCCGGCUCUCCCGCCGUCACGCAGGGAUGCUCGGACUCCGAGAACUACUUGACCAUGCCGGGGCUGGGGCAUGCAAAUGAGACCGCGCCGUCGAAUCGGGAGCCCCUUACGAGGGAGGGCGGCUCGAGUUUCAGCAGAGUCAGUGCGGACGACACCAAAGGACCUGAGCAAAAGAGGUCCCCUUUGGUCAUGGAGUACCCGGCUGCGACCAUCUACCACCGUCCGGUGGCGGUUACAAGUCCUCAAAAACAACCCCAUUUGUUAUGUUUCUCUCCCUCUGUCCCCAAUGUGUCGCCUACACCCUCUUCUGUGGAGACGGGGUCACCGACCCAGCGAAAGAUGCUUUUGGAUCCCACAACUGGACAUUAUUAUUUGGUGGACACUCCCAUACAGGCCACAACUAAGAGACUGUUUGACCCCGAGACGGGCCAGUAUGUGGACGUACCCAUGUCCCAUUCGCCCGUGGCACCUGUCACCCCCGUGCCUCUUCCCCUGUCUCCCUUGGCUCUGAGUCCGGGAGCGUACGCCCCUACCUACAUGAUAUACCCCAGUUUCAUCCCCUCACCCACAUUAGCAGCCCCCGGAGUGGUGCCACAGUCCCCGUGCAACUCUGAGGAUGCAGGUGGAGAAAAGGUAAAAAAGAGCAACGCAGCCGGGGCGGAGGGCACAUAUUACAGCGCCACUGGAGAAGCUCCCCACGGGUCACUGCACCUUCCAGUGAGUUUAGAGCAAGUGACCAGGAGAGGAGGAGGAGCCGGCUCUGAGAGGAAGCCAUUAAUCAGCAUCACAACGCAGCAAGGUCCAAGAAUCAUCGCCCCACCCUCGUUUGACGGAAAAACAAUGAGCUUCGUGGUGGAGCAUCGAUAUCUCUGCUGAGGAAACUGCACCCAUUCUCUGUAAGUGCUUUUUUCACCCCUGUGAUCUUCACCCGGGACAUCUCCUACCAUCACCUUCUGCCCGCACGCUGUUUCCUUCUUUAUCAUUGCUUACUGUGUGCAUUGUUGCACUUUGUAGUUAACACAUUCAACCAUGCCCUCAGGCAGAUGUUUUACUAUAAAUUGGGAUUGUAGUACUUUCCAUUAAGGUUUUUGCCUGGAGGUCUGAGCUCUGUUUAGAAAUGAUUUGUGCCCUGCAGUAUAUUCAAAAGGAAACAAGGCAGUUUUGUUAAUAAAGUGUUUAUUUUUGGCCUAGCUAACUCUCUCUGCAACAAAACGGCUCGUUUGCAUAUAGAUUUUGUUGUUUGUUGAGAAAUCAAGAUACAAGAUACGAACAAAGCAAGAUACAAACUGACAGUAUCUAACAAAGAGGCCAGCCUGUUGUCUGCUGUCCCUUGUACAGUCAGGUCGUUGUGGUGGCCAAACAUAGAUUUGCAACAAAAUCAACCAUCUGGCUACUGAAGACUUUUCAGGAAACACACAAGUUUGGGUUCUUUUUUGUAUAAAAGCCAAAGUUUGAAUGCCUGUAAAAGUCAAAUGUCCCCUCAGUGGCUAAGGCUACAUGACUGGGUGACAUUUCUUCAAUUCUCGCUGAGCCUUAAACUUAGAUUGAUCCUAAUUGCUGAAUGCAUAGGUAGCUGAUUCACUGGACAUAAAUCCUGGAGGGAUUGCUGGGGACAUCAAAUUUCACCACAGCUGGAAACUUACUUUUUUGUUUUUUAGCUGAAAUAGGGAUGUAAAAAUGAAGUGAUUUCCUUCACAUAGUAAACCAAAUAGGUGGUUUGUGAGGGUGAAAUGGGGGUUUCCAAAUGGCAGCUGCCCCCACGUAGCAAUACACAGAGCUGUCAGACAUAAAACCUCUAAGUUAAGAAGUCCAAGCUACGUUUUAGCCCAUACUAUCUGACAAAGCUGUGGAUGAUAACAGAAACAUGUGAUCAUAGACAUGUCUGGUGAGCAUUUACUAUUUGAUGCAAUAGAGACAAACUAGAAAGAGACAUGGAGAGUACUUUUGCUCUUCCAUUUUUCUAGUAGCUCAAGGCUAAAACUGAUCAGGUUAUUGUGUUGGCUUUUAGAUGGAUUCAUUUAGUAUGUUGUAGUUAUUAUCCGAUUUGUGCUGAAAUGAAUACUUUAGUACAUAUAAUGCAGAAAAUGGUCUCCACUAUUUACCCAGUGAUGUACAGUACUAUCGCCACUGUGUGCUCCACAUGAAACACAACAUUAUGCCUCACUCCAAACAUGAUGGUGUGAUGUCUUUAUAUGUAUACAUAAACACCUAUGCAUGAUUUGCUCAUCUGAUCUAUGUCAUCACAUCUAUUUACUGAUCUGAGUGCAUUCAUCAACAGUAUCAAUCAGGUUCUUUAUCAGACAUCUGAUGUCUGCAGUAAUGUUUCAGACACGUCCCACUGGAAAGAGAUCCAGAAUACCUGGGAGGGAUUACAUACAGUACCAUAAUGGGACUUGCAAUGCCUCAGGGUGCUCCAGGGAAAUAUAUCGAAUAUGGCAAGAAGGAGAGAGACUUUCUAGCUUUUUGGACCAGCAGAGGAUAUUGGUUUGUUUAACACCCAUAAAAUUAGAUCAAAGUUUCCCAACAGGAAAUGUUGUUGUAGUGAGAUGAUUUCUAACAAUUAAAGGUUCAUCAUAUUUUAUUUUUUUUUAGAUCGUGAUGAGCUUUGGUGUCUUAAAAUGAACAGAUUUCAGCUAACAUACAAAUGAUAAGGACUUAAGUAUUGAAUUGUCCUACGAAUUUGUGCUCGGUCCAAAAUGUUCGCUGCUCUGUAAAGGUUUUAUAGUUAAGUAGGUUUCAAUUGCACAAUAAAGAAAAUGUAUCCUACAGUUGGUCUUUCAUGAUUAUCAAAGAACAGGGACCAUUUUUGUGUAGUUAGUUUGGUCAGAGGAGGAUUUAAAAGCAUCCCAUUUCGUACAGAUACUUUUUAAAAACGAAGAAAAACAAGUUACACCAAAUGCAUCUGGCAUUGCUGCGUGUCGUAAUAAUCAACUAAACUAACCAUUUCCCUGUCAUUCAGUGGCCUAUGCCUGUCUAUAUUCUUUGUCACAACUCAGAAAAUGCUGCUAAUAGGUGCAAAAUCCAAAAGCUGUAGGGAGGUGAGGAAACGGAGCUGGGACUCAGGUUUACCAGUAUACUUAGUUGACUAUAAGUAGAGUUGGGCCAAAUGAGUCAGUGCCAGCUGAGACAUUUAGAGGAUAACUUCCUCUAUUUGCGUUGCCUCAGUUUACACUUUUGUGUAAUGAGAUGGGAGUGGACGUGUGAGCGUCUGAAUGUGUCCGUGGUUGUGGCCGUGAGUUAUGUGUGGCAUUUGAGCAUUCUGUGAGUACAACAAGGAGUUAUGUUACUUCACUGCGGAUCUCACACACACAGAACAUGUGUGAAGUGUGUCUUUCCACUUAACGCAGAGCAAUGCCAGUUUCUCAGGUCCUCUCUCUCUUUUCUUUUUUUUUGGUUGGGAUUUUCCACAAAUUUAUAUGAAUCAAAAGAUUGUUUUAUUUCUCUACCUACAUUUCUCUGUAAGAUGAAGUGCUGAUGUAUUUUUCCUUUGUCAUGUCUUGUUUUCAUUUGAAUAUGCAGCAGGGAUUCAUAUGAUCUUUUGUUUCGCUUGAGUCAGUCACACUGUAGAUUAGCUUAUUUUUCCUUUUCUGUGCACAUUUAAAACAAAGCACAAAAUAAAGGUAUUUGGAGCUGCUGGUCACUCUAUGUACCUCCAUGUAAAAUACAUGUUGUUUUAGCUCUGGGACAACACACUUUAUGUAAAUUUGUGGCCCCGAGAGUAAAUUUUGUAAUGAUCAACCCAUGCAGCGGUGUGAGAGAUCUGUUAACGUUUGCAAAUGGUUUGAGAGAUUUGAUGCAUUUUGAGGUACAAUGUUGCUUAAAUGUAUUGACGGUCGUUUAAGUUACACUGUUGAGACAACUGAAUGUCAAUUUAUGGGAAGCGUGGAAAACAAAAUAAAAAAAGAAAAGUUGAGCGAAAAGACACUCAAUUGGGAGCAGGUCCAAAGUGAGUCAUGGUAUGCGUUGCCAGAUUUUCUUUUUUUUAAACAUGUCCAAAAAUCAAAACAAAACACACACAAACUUUAUUCAGAUUAAAGAUUCUUAAUUUGAAGUAAUUUUAGGUCAUUUUUUAAACGAUAUUCCAACACCGUUCAAUUUAGUUUUAAUAAAGUUUUUUUUCAAGAUCCAGUACAAAUCUAUUCCAGUUUCCUUUGAGCAAAAAACUGUGUGACAUUUAUCUGUGAAUGAUAAUAAUGUAGCCUACUUAUUGCAUUUUGAUUGCUACUAAUGUUACCAACAAUGGCAGCAGCAAAAGGCCAUAAACUCUGGUGACAGAUGCACAAUGUGCACUUAGAAAAUUUUAUUUGAGAAUUUUGCCCCAAAGUUGCACUAUAAGAUUAUAUAUGUUAUCAAAUAUUUUUAAGAUGCCUUUUCAGAAUGUGACAUUAUGCAUCUGGUGCAUUUUAUAUAUUAUUCUAACAAUAAAAUGGCAUCAUAAUUAUUGGCGGGGUUCUCUCCUAAAGAAAAAUAACACUCCAGAUAACAUAUAAAUAAAUUGAUAACACAUAACGUGUUAUAUUGAUAACACUGUGUUAUUCAUGUGGCAUGAAUGGAUACCUGGUAUGAUUUUUAAGAUCAAAUCUGAGAAUCUGACAGUAUCUGAAUUUUUCUUACUGAAAAAAGAGGGCUAGAAAGUGAAGCUUAGUUGGUCUGAGAUAAGUGUGUUUAGCGUGUAAAUGUUAUAAGAAACAGGGCACACAUUAGGAUGGAAUGUCUUAAUGGCUUUGGAAUCACUUAGUGGUACAGUUUGCCUUGAUGAUGCUGUCCGCUGUGUUGUGUGGCUGCCUCCAAAAAAGGAUGUGGUUGGGCGGGCUGAGAGUGGAGGGACAAACCUGAAAGGAGAAGUGAGUGUAGUGAUUGCACUUACACAACUGAAUGUAAGGAAUAUGAUGCAUAAGUGUUGUGUAGACUGAAAAGUCUACAUCUGUUUGCAAUAAAUUCAAAAUUCAUGCCACUGAACAUGUUUCUGGUCAUGUGAAUUAGUUUCAGGCUAACUUGUAUUUGUAUUUAAAUUGGCUUGUGCUAACUUCAAAGCGGGCAAGCCUUUCAUAUGGGAAACAAGCCAUAACCUUUCUUAUUAGCGAUAUUAUCAACGAAGAAAUCAUGAAAAUAUUUGUUUUGAAUUGUGCUCUUUUAGCCAUAUUUUCAUGAAGGGUAGCAGGAUAAUAAACUAUCUAAUUUGGUGGCCUUUGAGGUUUUCUUAGUUAAAACUAUCAGCUUUGCUCAUGUUAAUUAGUUUGAAAAAUGUAUCAGACCCCAAACAAAACACACUCUUGGGUUGUCGAGAUUUUUAAGAUCUGUUACUCUGGAAAAACGUUCUGUGCCUGUUGAAGUGAAGACUAAAAGUGCUUUUUCACAACCUGCUUGUCUGGAAAAGGCUUGAAACUGAUCUGAACUGUAUUAAUAACUGAGAGGGCACUUGGAGAGCACAGUUCUCUGCCAGGGCCAAUGCACUAUCCAUAUCAAAAUCGGAUGAAUACCUGCCUGACCCAAGAAUUUCAUCAGUGUUCUCACUCACAGAAUACUAGAACUGACACACUGACUAUAAUAAAUCAACUUUUGCUUUGGGGAGAGAAUGUUUAUGUUUGAAAUCUCAUAUAAUGAAAACGUCUAUUACUUUAGGGUGUUAUAUAGUAUUAACUAAUGGUUGAUCAUGUAGAAGACUUGACCAAAAGAUUUUAAAAAACUUGCCCAAUGUUUUUGUUUGGGUGAGAAUAACAUAACCUCUUUGACCAAUCAAGCACCUUUUUUUCUUUCUCAGAUGUUCUUGUGUAGUUGACUUUAAGUAUAACAUCAUAAAUAUAUUAUUCUAUCUAAUCUGUUGUGUUGUUCACAGUGUUCCAAAGUUUUAUUCUUCCCUAAUGUCUAAACCUAUUCUU